AUGGAGCCGCCGGGGCCGCCGGAGCGUGCGCUGAGCCACCAGGCCAUGGAGCAGAUGCGGUACCUCCGCCGGGACUCGGCGGAGGAGUGGCCCGUCUCCCACCUGGCCCGCAGCUUUGAGGUGAGCCCCGAUGUCGUUGGCAGGGUCCUGCGGAGCCACUUCUCGCCUUCCUGGGAAUGGGCGCUGGAGCAGGACAGCCGGCUGCAGCCUCGCCCGGGCGGAGGCGUUCUGGUGCCCCGGCCUUCCAGCCAGCUGUUGCCCCUCUGCUGGGCGGGGGGCCCGAGGCACUGGCCCCGGAGGCAGCGCAGAGGAAGGGGCCCGGCCGACAACCUCCACCCCCUGCUGGCAGCCCCCAGCAGCGGCGUGGCGCAGCCUUGCCCGCCGAGGAAGAGCAGACACACUCCGAAAGCUCAAGUAGAGGAGACGGUUGGGGGAUUCCAAGGGUUCUCUUUGGAAAAAGCCAAGAAUGAAAACGCCAAAGGAAACUUCAGGGAUGGAGAUGGACCACAGAGGCAGGAGGAAAGCCACACAGCCAAGAGAAGGGAUAAGCCUAUUCUGUCCGAAGGAGGAGGCUUCCCUGAAAUCCCAGUCCAAGAAGAAAGAACCCACACAGGGGAGAAACCUAUUGACAGCUCAGAGCAUGAAAAGAGAUUCAGUCACAGUGGCAGUCUUAAAACACGUCAAAGAAUCCAAACAGGGGAGAAAACCUUUGAAUGCUCAGAGCAUGAAAAGAGAUUCACCUACAGUAGCAGUCUUCAAACACAUCAAAGAAUCCACACAGGGGAGAAACCUUUUGAAUGCUCAGUGUGUGGAAAGAGAUUCAAUCGAAGUGGCCAUCUUCAAACACAUCAACGAAUCCACACAGGGGAGAAACCUUUUGAAUGCUCAGAGUGUGGAAAAGGAUUCAGUCAAAGUGGCACUCUUCAAACACAUCAAAGAAUCCACACAGGGGAGAAACCUUUUGAAUGCUCAGAGUGUGGAAAGAGAUUCAAUAAGAGUAGCAGUCUUAAAACACAUCAAAGAAUCCACACAGGGGAGAAACCUUUUGAAUGCUCAUUGUGUGGAAAGAGAUUCAAUCGAAGUGGCCAUCUUCAAACACAUCAAAGAAUCCACACAGGGGAGAAACCUUUUGAAUGCUCAGAGUGUGGAAAGAAAUUCAAUGACAGUAGCAGUCUUCAAACACAUCAAAGAAUCCACACAGGGGAGAAACCUUUUGAAUGCUCAGACUGUGGAAAGAGAUUCAGUCAAAGGGGCCAUCUUCAAACACAUCAAAGAUUCCACACAGGGAAGAAACCUUUUGAAUGCUCAGAGUGUGGAAAGAAAUUCAGUCAAAGUGGCAGUCUUCAAACACAUCAAAGAAUCCACACAGGGGAGAAACCUUUUGAAUGCUCAGAGUGUGGAAAGAGAUUCAAUGACAAUAGAAAUCUUCAAAAACAUCAAAGAAUCCACACAGGGGAGAAACCUUUUGAAUGCUCAGAGUGUGGAACCAGAUUCAGUCACAGUCACAGUCUUAAAACACAUCAAAGAAUCCACACAGGGGAGAAACCUUUUGAAUGCUCAGAGUGUGGAAAGAGAUUCAGUCAAAGUGGCACUCUUCAAACACAUCAAAGAAUCCACAUAGGGGAGAAAUUUUUUGAAUGCUCAGAGUGUGGAAAGAGAUUCAAUGACAGUAGGAAUCUUCAAAGACAUCAAAGAAUCCACACAGGGGAGAAAUCUUUUGAAUGCUCAGAGUGUGGAAAGAGAUUCAGUCAAAGUGGCCAUCUUCAAACACAUCAAAGAAUCCACACAGGAGAGAAACCUUUUGAAUGCUCAGAGUGUGGAAAGAGAUUCAAUGACAGUAGCAGUCUUCAAACACAUCAAAGAAUCCACACAGGGGAGAAACCUUUUGAAUGCUCAGAGUGUGGAAAGAGAUUUAGUCAAAGGGGCCAUCUUCAAACACAUCAAAGAUUCCACACAGGGAAGAAACCUUUUGAAUGCUCAGAGUGUGGAAAGAAAUUCAGUCAAAGUGGCAGUCUUCAAACACAUCAAAGAAUCCACACAGGGGAGAAACCUUUUGAAUGCUCAGAGUGUGGAAAGAGAUUCAAUGACAAUAGGAAUCUUCAAGCACAUCAAAGAAUCCACACAGGGGAAAAACCUUUUGAAUGCUCAGAGUGCGGAAAGAGAUUCAAUGACAGUAGCAGUCUUCGAAAACAUCAAAGAAUCCACACAGGGGAGAAA